AUGUUCGACCAGUUCGGGAUUCAUAUAAAAAUAUUGGACGGGAUUCAUAUAAACAUAUUGGAUGGGAUUCAUAUAAACAUAUUGGAUGGGAUUCAUAUAAACAUCUCGGGCGGGAUUCAUAUAAACAUAGUGGGAGGGAUUCAUAUAAACAUAGUGGACGGGAUUCAUAUAAAUAUAGUGAGGGAUUCAUAUAAACAUAUUGGACGGGAUUCAUAUAAACAUAUUGGACGGGAUUCAUAUAAACAUAGUGGGAGGGAUUCAUAUAAACAUAGUGAGAGGGAUUCAUAUAAACAUAGUGGACGGGAUUCAUAUAAACAUAGAGGGAUUCAUAUAAACAUAGUGGACGGGAUUCAUAUAAACAUAGUGGGAGGGAUUCAUAUAAACAUAUUGCACGGGAUUCAUAUAAACAUAUUGGACGGGAUUCAUAUAAACAUAGUGAGAGGGAUUCAUAUAAACAUAGUGGACAGGAUUCAUAUAAACAUAUUGGACGGGAUUCAUAUAAACAUAGUGGACAGGAUUCAUAUAAACAUAUUGGACGGGAUUCAUAUAAACAUAGUGGGAGGGAUUCAUAUAAACAUAGUGGGAGGGAUUUAUAUAAACAUAUUGGACGAGAUUCAUAUAAACAUCUCGGGCGGGAUUCAUAUAAACAUCUCGGGCGGGAUUCAUAUAAACAUAGUGAGAGGGAUUCAUAUAAACAUAUUGGACAGGAUUCAUAUAAACAUAUUGGAUGGGAUUCCUAUAAACAUCUCGGACGGGAUUCAUAUAAACAUAGUGAGAGGGAUUCAUAUAAACAUAGUGAGAGGGAUUCAUAUAAACAUAUUGGAUGGGAUUCAUAUAAACAUCUCGGGCGGGAUUCAUAUAAACAUAGUGAGAGGGAUUCAUAUAAACAUAUUGGAUGGGAUUCAUAUAAACAUCUCGGGCGGGAUUCAUAUAAACAGUGGGAGGGAUUCAUAUAAAGAUAGUGAGAGGGAUUCAUAUAAACAUAUUGGAUGGGAUUCAUAUAAACAUCUCGGGCGGGAUUCAUAUAAACAUAGUGGGAGGGAUUCAUAUAAACUUAGUGAGAGGGAUUCAUAUAAACAUAUCAGGCGGGAUUGAUAUAAACAUAGUGGGAGGGAUUCAUAUAAACAUAUUACACGGGAUUCAUAUAAACAUAUUGAGAGGGAUUCAUAUAAACAUAGUGGACGGGAUUCAUAUAAACAUAUUACACGGGAUUCAUAUAAACAUAUUGAGAGGGAUUCAUAUAAACAUACUGGACGGGAUUCAUAUAAACAUAGUGGGAGGGAUUCAUAUAAACAUCUCGGGCGGGAUUCAUAUAGCCUGUUUAUGUCUCACGCGCGUUUAACUACAUACACUUACAAUGCUUAAACACCUGCGUUUGAGAAGAAAAAAACACAGACUUCGUAAAUAGUGCCCAUUCUGUCAAAAAUGACAUUUGCGGGAUCGUAUAUACAAUAGCAUCCAUAAAUUUAAAAAACCUCCAUAUGGUUAUCUCCUAAAUGACAACUGAUCGCAUUUUCCCUAUCACUAUCAUUUUGCAUUUACUUGCAUUCACAUAUUUAUUAUUAAUCAGUAUUUUUUGUUGUUAUUAGUUACGUAAACAAGCUAAAGACAUUACAUUCAUAUUUCGGCAGGUAAAUACAAAUGUAGAUAUGUUUUUGUUGCAUAUUUGAAAGUUUCUUCAUUGCAAGUUCAUUGUUCUAAGAAUUGUUAUUCAUUCUUUUUAUGGAGUUGUUACAUGAAAAAUAUGUGAUUAUGUGUUUUGUUUAACUAAAUGAGAUACUUAUACUUGGUCAAUUACAUGGUAAUGGGAUUAUAAUUCACAUAAUGUUUCGGCAUAUAUUUACAUAUUCCAAGACACUAGGGUUGGACUAUGUAGUUCAUUCUUUAUUUACACUCAGUCCGUUCUACAACGGCGUAAGAAGAGCAUACAUAGUCAGAUUUGAACAAGGUGGUUUACAGAAGAAUACAAAUAGUGAAAACCUGCAUCGUUGAUGUCGUGGAUAAGCCAUCAGACUUAAGGCUGGCAGAUACAGAGUUCGCAGCCCGGUACCGGCUGCCACCCAUAGAGACGUUUAACGACUACAGCAUCUUGUCUUUCACUAACAACUAACCUACUUUUAUUUAUUUAUCUACAUUAUAUAUAUAUAGAUAGAUAGAUAGAUAAAUAUAUACCUAUGAAUAAGUUAAAAUUAAAAUAGUGAAUACAUUUCGUGAUACUUAUGUAAGGAAAUAAAUACAGUUCAUGGUAUUACAGUAUAGAUAUGUGUUUCAAUUGUAGCUGUACAUUAACAGUAUACAUGUAAAUACUUUUCGUGAUGUAACAGAGCAGAGGUAUAUUGUAACAUAUCAAUAUUCAGCAUGUUUCACCUACAACUGUUAGCAUACAUUUCGCAAUAGGGAUAUAAGUAUUAAAUUUUUAUAAUCGUGUAUAUUUAGAUGUGAGGAAGUUUCCUGAAUGAACACUAAAUACACUAACUUAUUACCCCAGCGGUCAGUUAUAACGGGGAAAAUUUGUUUCAUAUUUAGUCAGUGGGAAAUUAUAUAUUCUGCAUUGGUUUAACGUACACUACUAUUGGACGAUUUGACGGUACUAAAUAUGUUGUCAUAAGCAUACAAAAUGUUUACGUAGUUUAACGCGUUUGCGUUUACAAUUCAUUAUAGGGAUUUUGUUGUUGUUGUUUCUUUUCUUUUUUUCUUUUCUUUUCCUUUCUUACAUAAUAUAUAAAACUUUGGGUUUUGAAAAUUAUCUAUGGACCGUGAUUAAAAUACAAAGUUGCAGCAAUACCUAGAACAGUGUAAAGUGGUUUACGUCGUUUCUUCAGACAUGAACGAGUCGUCGAUGCAUAUCGAAAAUAAAGAUUUUAUAACCCCCAAACAGCUGUGGUAAUAAAUAGAAUAACAAGCUCGGUACCAGUUAUUAUCAAAAGCUCGUGACAAGUAAAAGCUAUUUCACUCGGGACAUAAAUUUGAUAAUAACUGGUAACUCGUUUAUUAUCAUCUGUUUAUGUAAUAACAUUAAACUGGUAACUGUUUAGUAUCACCUAUUUAUGUAAUAACAUUAAACAUGUUUCAGUUUUUAUUAUCUGUUUACAUUCGGUUUUAUUAACAGAGUAAAGUUAGGUAAUUUUGAUUGUCGUUGUUAGGUGGACGGAAGUUUAAAUAUUCAAUAAAUUAUAUUUAUGAAUUUA